AUGGCAGCUGUUUCAGCAGCGGCCGGCCUACUUCCUCAGUACCUCAACCAACGCUCCAAGGCCAAUACCCACCUUCUCUUUCUUAAACCCAUUCCACCCAGACAUUUUCACAAACACCUACCUGCAUCUCAGUGCCUCACCUACAAUCCAUGCAUCGUUUCCAUUUCUGAAGACGCAGUAUCGAUCAAUGUCUCCGCUUCCAAAUUAACCCAACAAGUCGCCGAUCUUAGAAGCCUCUGCUCGCAAGAACGACCACGAGAUGCUUCGGAUCUGUUAAACGAGAUAGAGAACAAACACUCUCCGUCUGGAUUCGAUACGUUCACCUACAACAACGUUUUAAGUUCCCUUAUAAAGCAAGGGAAAUUGGAUGACGCAUACCGAAUGUUCGAUAAAAUGCCUGAGCGAAACGCUAUCUCGUGGUCGUCUAUUAUUGCAGCAAACACUCGAUCUGGGAAUUUCCAACAAGCAUUCCACCUGUUUGAUGAAAUGAUGGAGGCUGGCACAUGCCCCAAUGAAUUCGCAUUGGGGAGCCUUCUCAAGGCAAGUGCUGGUCUGAGAGAUGUCUGUAUCGGUAGGCAGCUUCAUGGGUGGUGCUUACGUAUAGGGUUUGUCUCAGAUGCUGGUGUGCGGACCUCCCUCAUAACCAUGUACUCGAGCUGUGGUUUCUUAGACGAUGCUGCGUUGGUGUUCAGAGAGAUCCCACUUUCUUCUCUAGAUGAUGUCCCAACAUGGAAUUCAAUGAUAGCUGCUUAUGUCUUCAAUGGGUGCUGGAGCGAAUGUUUUCAAUUGUUUUCAGAUAUGCUCUGGAUGGGACUGGUGGCCCCAACAGAGCGCACUUAUGCCAGUAUGAUCAAUGCUUGUGGUUCUGUUAGGGCACUUGAUCAUGGGAAGACAAUACAUGGAAAGAUCGUCAAAGAUGGAUUGCUCAACAUGACGACAAUGGGGAAUUCUCUCAUUACGUUCUACUCCAAGUGCUGGACUUUGGACGAUGCAAACAAAAUGUUCAAAACAAUCCCUUCGAAAAACAUAGUAUCUUGGAAUGCAAUUGUGGCUGCACAUGAACAGAAUGAUGAUGAAAAAAGUGCCAUUGAUUUGUUUCAUAGACUACUCAGGUUAGAAUCUUGUGCAAAACCAAACCGCAUAACGUUUCUCAGCGUGCUCAGUGCUGUGUCUUCUGUUUCGGGCUUAAAGCAUGGAAGAGAAAUCCAUGCUCAAAUGAUCAAAAUGGAACUUGAAGACAAUACAAGCAUUGCCAAUUCGCUUAUUACAAUGUAUUCUAAGUGCGGGGAAGCAACGAAAGCAAGGAGGGUUUUUGAGAGGCUACCAUGCAGGGACAUUGUGAGUUGGAAUUCAAUGCUUGCGGGUUUUGUGCAGAACGAGCAGUUAGAGAACUGUUUGGAGCUAUUUACAAGAAUGCCAUUGUCAGGAUAUGAACCGGAUGAUCAUAGCUUUACAAUUGCUCUUGGUGCAGUGUCAUCACAUCCAUCCAUGUCGAAAUGUUGGAGAUGGGGUAGGGAGAUCCAUGGCCAUGUAAUAAGGCAGUCUUCCCAUGCGGUGGUAGGCACUUCAACGUAUAAUUCUAUCCUUACAAUGUAUGCUAAGUGUAAUAAGGUGGCGGAUGCCGAGAAGAUCUUCAAGGGCAUCAACAAGCGAGAUUCCUACUCUUGGAAUGCAAUGAUGGAUGGGUAUUCCAUCAAUGGUAAUUACAAUGAUGUGAUCUUGCUCUUUAUAGAUAUGCUUGAGCAAAGCUUGCAAUAUGAUCAUUUGUCUUUUUCGAUUCUUCUCACUGCCUGUGGUAGAUCGGCUUCAAUACAGCUGGGCAAGCAGUUUCAUGCUUCUGUCGUAAAACACCGGUAUAACCAUUGUAAUCUUCAAACUUCUUCAUUGUCAAUCAAUAACGCAUUGGUGUCCAUGUACUCAAAAUGUGGUAGCAUCAGUGACGCAUCGAGCAUCUUUGUAAGGAUGGCCAGGAGGGAUGUGUUUUCAUGGACCGCCAUGAUCACUGGGUGUGCACAUCAUGGCAUGGGUUAUGAAUCUCUCCAACUCUUUGAGAGGAUGAUAGCAGAGGGUAUCAAGCCAAACUCUGUAACAUUUCUGGGGGUGCUUACAGCUUCUGCUCAUGCUGGUCUUGUCAAUGAAGGGAUUCAUUAUUUCAACUCCAUGAGCAAGAGCCACAAUGUAAAUCCUAGCAUCGAGCACUACGCUUGCAUGGUUGAUCUAUUUGGUCGUUUGGGUCAGUUUGGAAUCGCUAAAACAUGGGUUGAGGCCGGCAUUUCUUCCCUCAAACUCGAGCAAGGUGCUUGCUUGAUUCUGUGGAAAGUGUUGCUUGGAGCAUGCCAUGCACAUAAGCAACUUGAUCUUGGUGUGCACGCCGCAAUGAAAAUUCUAGACUUGGAACCUGAAGAUGAGACUACCCACAUACUUCUGUCAAAUCUCUAUGCUGCCUUUGGCAUGUGGAGCGAUGCAGUGCGAGUGAGGAGGUGGAUGAAAGAUAAAGGGUUGAAGAAACAGGAAGUCGGGAGCAGCUGGAUCGAGGUCAGGAACAGACGGCAUGUUUUUGUGGCGGGAGAUGUUUGUCAUCCACAUUGGAAGGAGAUUUAUGAGAAGCUGGAGGCAUUGGAUGGAGAAUGUAGAGACAUGGGCUAUUUCCCCAUGAUGGAGUAUGUUCUUCACGAUGUUGAUGAUUUGCAGAAGGAAGCGAUCAUUGCUUCUCAUAGUGAGAAGUUGGCUGUUUCGUUUGGUCUAUUGCAAAGUGGGAAAGGAAAGGGCAUCAUCAGGGUGAUUAAGAACCUUCGAGUGUGUGGGGAUUGUCACAACUGGAUGAAAUUCGUCUCACAAGUAGAAGGGCGAGAGAUUGUACUAAGAGAUUCACGCCGUUUCCACAUUUUCAAAGGUGGGAUGUGUUCGUGCCGAGAUUAUUGGUAA